UAUUCUGAAUUCAUACGAGUCUAGAUUUUUCGUUUCUUUGGAAGCUGGCCUUCUAGAUUGGCAAAAUUCAACAAGUUGACGAGUAACAGUAUAUCUCUGAAGUGAAACAUGUUGAAGUAGACAUAAAAAGCCCAAUCCAUGCAGUUUCUUAGAAAAUAUAUUGCUACAUCUUUAGCAACACAUCAAGAAAGAAAUUUAGUUAUCGUAAACUCUUUAGUGAGAACCUUAAGUGGCGUAGCCCCAUUGGAAAGCUGUGUGGGAAAGUUUCUAGGUCUUGCUGGACUGCAGUUUGUAAAAAACAUUCACUCUACAACAUCUAUGGCUAAAAGCAAGUUUGAAUAUGUCAAACAGUUUGAAGCUGAUGAUCCCUGUCUUCAAAACUGUUGGAUUGUCGUUCGCAUUGAUGGAAAAGCUUUUCAUAAAUUCACAGAUGUACAUCAGUAUGCAAAGCCAAAUGAUGACAGAGGCUUGGGUCUGAUGACCAAAGCAGCACAGGUUGUCAUGAAGGAGUUCAAUGAGAUUGUUCUUUCUUAUGGACAGAGUGACGAGUACAGUUUUGUUUUUAAUAAACAAGCUAAAGUCUACAACAGAAGAGCAAGCAAAAUAAUGACCAAUGUAGUCAGUUUAUUUGCAAGUUCAUUCACAUUCCACUGGUCCAGCUACUUUGAUCAGCAGCAGCUCCAGUAUCCACCAUCUUUUGAUGCUAGAAUAGUUCUGUAUCCUAGUGAUGACAACCUCAAGGACUACCUCAGCUGGAGGCAGGCAGAUUGUCACAUAAACAACUUGUACAACACUUGUUUUUGGACACUAAUUCAAGAAAAAGGUCUAACACCAGCAGAGUCACAAGAACGUCUCAAGGGCACUCUGUCUGGUGAUAAAAAUGAGAUCCUGUUUUCUGAGUUCAACAUUAACUACAAUAACCUGCCUGAGUUGUAUAGGAAAGGCAGUGUCUUGAUCAGACCAAAGAAUAGAGCAGGAGUUGACACAGUAAACAGUACCAACUCUGUAAUUCUUCAUACUGAUAUUAUAGGUAAAUCAUUUUGGGAGGAAUACCCUUAUAUACUCGACCCAAAAGUUUUAUCUUAUUCAAGUUGAUGUUUAUUUAAUACUAUAUGCAGAAUUUUUAAAAGGCUUAAUUAAAAUUGUACUUAUGAAAAUAAAUCUAAUCCUUUUUUUUUGUUUU